GAGCUUUGAGGAAUUUGUUCCGGCCCAACUGCCCCCUGCGGUCAUUCGAGACGGUCACCAAACCCCAGCCGUGUCGAGAUCGCCGUUCGUCCUGUAGAAGUCGGCCCAGUCGACUUGGCACCAUAGCCUCGGGUUGUUGUUUACUGAUACACUGUCUUGUAGUGGUCUUUUGAGAGGGUAUAGUAAUAAUUAUAGUGGCAGUAUAUGUAACUACUGCUAUGGUGGUUAAUCAUCGGAGGAGGAGUCUAUUGUGAUCAUUUUCUGUCUCUAUUAUUGUUGAACUCUUACUACUACUACUGCUGCUGCUGUUAUUGUUCUAAAACUAUCAUAAAACAAGAGACAUAGUACUACUACUACUGCUACUCUACUUGGUCCUUUCAUGUAGAAACUGUCCGGUCGAUACGGUCGUAUAGUAUUCAACUUUUUCGUCCAUAGCUACGAUUGAUCAUUGAUGCCAAGAUUUGUGGUCGGUUGAGAUCGCAAGCCUCACUGAUGUCCUACUGCUAUUACUUCUAUUCCCAUUACCACACUGUCUUCGUAGAAUCUUUUCAUUUUCGACUCGGCAGUGUUUGUUGAAAAUCACUCCCUGUUUGAAAAAUUCUGAUGUGCGACACAUGCCCCUUUUUCUACGGUUCGGUACACAUACUUGUUGUUCACUGGAGCUGCUAUAUUCCCGCUAAGUUUUUUUAUCGCCGACGCUUUCAGUCUUUCAUCGAGGAAAGCGUCUCGUACUCAGAAAGAUGUUUGUAUUUUGAUGGUGCUGGCUGUCUGAAAAUAGUCAUCAUCGUCAGUAUACUCGCAGACGGUUGCGAGUCUUUCUUAAAUGAGACUGAUUACUGCUGUCGUCAUAAAUUCAUUGUUAGUAUCGUCAACGUGUAUGCCGUCCCGGCAUUGCUUUUGCCAGUUUUUCCUGUAACCUUAUUUCAUGUAUUAUAUAUUGAUGAUUGACGGAUGCCCAUGGAUGGGUCACGUGUGGGGUCGGUCGGUCUGGCGUGGUCGUGGUUGGUAGUGGUAGUAGGAGUAGUAAAAUUUUAUAUACUGAUUUCAUAUGGUUGGGAGGGAACAGUCUUGAUCCUGUUGUCAUUCGCUUCGGCAGGCUGCUCAUAUGGUAUGGUUCCUAUUCGCAUCGGCUAGUCUAUAAUGUUAUCGUAUCCUUUUGUGUGGAAGGGCUAUACUGAGUAGCCAUCGGAGCAAUAAAAGUGAACCAUUUCUCGCAAUCAUAUCUCACUCUGCGUCAUUAUCUUAGACAGUGUUUUGG